UUCGUGCCCGGAGAGCUUCUCCUCAUCCGACGAUAGUUCCUUCAACCCGGGAGAAAGAAAAACAGAAGAGGAGGCAUCGACGGCCGCCGUGAGCUCUCUCAGAUAGACUCAACCAAAUGUCUGCCCUCGCCUCGAGUUGUAGUCCUUCACGCAGCACCGCAGACAGAAACGCCGAUCUGAGGAUCCUCGGAUUGCGGGUGUUUUUAGUCCGCAGCCAACAUGGCUGAGGAUGACAGCGAGUGGGUGGUGGAGAGCAUCGCCGGCUAUCUGGGAAGUCCCGAGUGGGUCAUCCCCGUCACAGACUUUAUGGAAAACAAAUGCACAGUUUUUGAUGACGAAGAUGAAAACAAGUUGACAUACACAGAAAUACAUCAGCAGUAUAAGCAGUUGGUGGAGAAGCUGUUGGAGAAUUACAUGCAGGAGGUUGGCAUCAACGAGCAACAGUUUCUGGAUGCCUGCACCUCUCCCUUUGCCAAGUCCAAAACCCUGCAGACAGUGUUCCGGCCAGUUUUGGCCACAGACGAUUUCCAGAUGUUCCGUUCGCUGAUGGUACAGAAGAACAUGGAGCUGCAGCUACAGGCCCUCAGGGUCAUCAAGGAAAGGAAUGGGGCUUUACCAGACUGUCUGACAGAUGGUGUGGAUGUGAUGACAGAGUUGGAGCAACAGGAGAUGAGGAUCCUGCAAGAAGUUCUUAUGAAGUCAAAGGAGGAGUAUGAUGAGGAGAUGUCUCGGAGGCUGCUAUUGGAAGAGGAGGUCGGCUCCACCUCCAGUAACUGCUCCGAUAAGCCAGUGACAGAAGAGGUAGGAGCCCAGAAAGCCAAAUCUGGCCCCAGCCAACAAAGCAACACUGCCAAAGUUAAAAACAGCAAACCUGUUAGAAAAGAAGCGAGCGAGUCGGCUUCCAAAGAUGGAGGCAGAGAUCAGAAAAGUUCAGCCAAGAAGAGCUCACCUAGUCCAUCUAAACUCACAACAGAGCACAGCAGGAACUCUGCUGAGUCCAGAGCACUUCCACCAGAGAGGGUUCCAACGAUUGGUGGGGAAUCUCCUGUCAGCCACGCCACAAGCCCCAGAGAACAGAGCAGCGGCGGCCAGUCUGCGGCGGAGGUAUGGCUGGAGGAGGCGCGCAAGGAGGCUGGCAUUUCCAGACCAUACACUGAGUUGUCAACAUCGCAACAGGAGCAGCUCCAACAGAGGGCGCUGUAUUUGCGGCAGCAGCGAGACAAGCUGCAGGCCCUCAGGAAGGAGCAGCAGAAAACCAAACAGACAGCGCCAGUGGACGAGUUGUCUUCCAACCCGACACCAACACCCUCCACUCCGGAGGCACUGGGUGAGUCCCAGAGGAAUGGGGCCUGUACCCCGCCUCCACCGGCACAGCAUGCUGCCAACUCUUCCAAACACAAGGAGAUGUCUGCUGAGGAGAAGAAGAAGCUCCAGAAGAGGAAACACUUGGCUGAGAAGCUGAAAGAGGAAGUCAUCAAGAAAUAAGGGCCUCCUUGCCGCUGCAACACUCCCAUCUAUUUCCUGUCUCGUUGACUCUGGACCACUGCAGCCCAAUGGUUUUCUGUCAGCACUUCCAUUAAUGACACGUUUAACUAGACGGGACAUGGAUCACAAUUCUCCCGACGACUACUUUAGGGUCUGAGCUCUUCUUUGUCCCAUUGAAGGCCGAUGUAACGGCUGUGAACUUCUCAUUGCAGGCUACACCAUAAAAAUGAACGGACAACUUGUGUAUUUUUUGGGGGGCUUUUUGCUUGGUUUUUUUCCCCCAGUAUAGACAGAUAUCAAAAGAUCAGGUAAAGGAACCCUAUAUUGAAAAACCGUGUAACUGAGGUGGCAGUGUGAAAAAAUUAGGAGAGAAAGAAUCCAACAUGGGCAGUGUAUUACAUCAGUGAACAGGAUUCCUCUCUGAACAGAUUGUGGGAGUGCCAUGUCAAGGUGAUGUUAACAAUGGCUGACUUUUUCUUUUCUUUUACAAUUUCAUUUAGCAGAUGCUUUUAUCAAAAGCGACAUACAUCUGAGAGUUAAUGCAACACAAGCAAGGAUCUAGUCAGGAGGUGACAACGCAAGUAAGUGUCCAAAACACUAGGUUCAAGUCCGAUAGGACAUAGGUGUCAACAGGCAGUGCACAAAGGCAAUGCAUAGGGUGCAUAGAAGUGAUUUAUUCUUAUUUUCUUAAUACCAUCAGGUGUGGAGGUGUUCGAGAAAGAGCUGGGUCUUUAGCUUCUUAAAGAUGGAUAGGGACUCAGUGGAUCGAAUGGAGUUUGGUAACUCGUUCCAACACCGGGGAACUACAGAAGAGAAGAGUCUGGCUAGUGACUUAGGGCCCUGUUGCGACAGAAAUGCCAGGUGCCUUUUGUUGGCAGAGUGUAGUGAGUGGGACUGAGUCUAGACCUGAAUGAGGGCAUUCAGGUCAGCAGGAGCCGUUUUUGUUGCUGUUUUGUAAGCAAGCAUUAAGGUUUUGAAUUUGAUGCAGGCAGCAACUGGGAGCCAGUGGAGGGAUCACAUUUGUAUGUAGUCUUGGUUCUGCUGUCUGUAGCAUGCCCAGAGAAUCAGAUUCCAGUAUAGGUUGUAGCUGAUUACAUCUCACUGUUGUGUUAACUACACUGCAAUACACAAAAGAGUGAGAAGACAGGAUCAAGAACAAAAAACAGGAUCUAUGUCCCAUCUUGUGAAGGGACCAAGAGAAGAGUUUGCUGAGAUUUGUAUAAGGAAUGCAAUAUUUAUUCAUAAACCAAGGUAGAGUUCACUUUAACCAUGAUGAUGCACAUGUUUCUGUGUAAAAAUUGUUAU